AUGAUUGGCAGUAUAUUCUUCAUUUUUAACCGGCUGGUGGAGAUCACCUUCUUGAUCCCCAUCAUCGGCAUCAUGUCCUACUUCGUCCAUGGCUACCUCAAAGCCAACAUGCUCACACCCCCCUACAUCCUCGUCAUCUUCAUCGUCAGCGUCAUUGCCGUCUUCUGGGCCAUCGAUACCCUAAUCCGCUUCUCAGCAACCAAGCGCUCGGCCCUCUUCGUGUCAUUCGUGGACCUCCUUUUCAUGGGCGCACUCAUCGCCGGUGUCUACGAGCUCCGCUUCAUCGCAAACCAGAGCUGCUCACACUGGGACGGCGGCUCGGUCUGGGUAUCUCUCGGUCCAUUCGGCGAGUAUGGACAAAGUGUCCAUAACGAUUACCACUUGCACAUUGACAAGACGUGCGCUAUGCUCAAGACUUCAUUUGCGAUGGGUAUUAUGGAGGUCGUCUUCUUUGCUUGGACGGCUUUCCUGGCUCUUUUCUUGCAUUCGCUUCGCGACGUGGUCACUCUAGUGGAGGGCAUCAUCGUCAUCGGAGCUCAAGUCGGAGUCGGCGGCCUGCGUAUGUCGUUUAAGGACCCUGUAUAG